CCCCCCCCCAACACACCCUAACCAAGCCCCUCACCAUGGCUCUUGUAUCAUAUUCCGACUCGGAAGCCUCGGAUUCUGAGCGCGAAAACGACUCGCCCGCCCCCACCUCCGCCACAGCUAGUAAACCAGCUCCGUCGUCGUCCUCAUCGAGCGCAAACUUCCACUCCAUCGUCGACAAAAGCAACCCCCGCAAGAUCCGCGUCGCUCUGCCGGAACUCAAGCCAGAGAACCCAGAUGGCGAAGAUGGCCCCACGCGGAAAAAGCCCAGGGUAGGAGGAGGAGGGGCCUUUUCUGGGUUUAAUUCGUUUCUUCCAGCGCCGAAACGAACCAACGCUACCGCGGAUAAAGAGAAAAAGGCGCCAGGCUCUGCGCGGAAGGUAUUCAGUUUGAAAACUGGAAUUGCUCCGGGGUUUGAUCGGGAAGCUGAUGCGGAGAUGCGGAGAGAUAUGGCGUUUGGGGCGGGCAGAGCUGGUGGCGGUGAUGAUGAUGAUGAUGAUGAUGAGACGAUUCCCAAGGCUGGGGCUUUGCGCGGGGAGGAAGAGGCCUCAGACGCGGCGCAGCAGAAUGAUCGGCAAGCUGUGGACAAGAAGAAACCAGAGGAGGUUGUGUUGAAGGGUAAUCCGAUGAUGUUUAAGCCGUUAUCUGUGGGACGGACGCAACCGAAGAAGAGGAAAGUCAUCGCCGCUACUCUUGCUGGGGCUUCGACUGCUUCGAAGGAGUCGACGCAAGUCGCUACAACGACUUCACAGUCUGGGGCUCCACCACCACCACCACCUCCUCCUCCUGCUCCUGCGCCGAAGCCGAAAGUUAGUCUCUUCUCUUUGUCGACGGAAGAUUCUGCAUCGGGUAGCACUACGCAAGCACAGGGUGGCGCUUAUGAGCCCCUGGUAUACACUAGGAAUGAGGACGCAGCCGCAGCAGGCCCUAUGCCCGAAUCGGAUACUGUUUCGUCGGCAUCAAAUCAAGGGGCAGCUCCCCAGGCACAAACGCUAGAUUAUAUUGCUGACGAUCUAAAUCUCUCGCGCUCUCAACGACGCCAGCUGUUUGGUCGCAAUGCGGACCCCUCCAAGUCACGCAUCCUCCAUUUCAAUACAGACCAGGAAUACGCUGCCAACCAGGCGUUGGCCCAUGAAACAGAUCUUGCAGCAGCCCAGCACAACCCCGUCAGGGCUAUCGCUCCUGGGAAACAUACGCUGCAGCAAUUGGUCAACGCUGCGAGUACUCAGCGGGAAGCACUGGAGGAAAGUUUUGCAUCCGGGAAACGGAACAAGAAAGAAGCAGGUGCGAAGUAUGGGUGGUAGAGUAUGCUGGAUACCAAGAGUCCUCCUAUAGGGCGUUGCAUUGGUGUGGAGUUAAUGAGCCUUUUUAAAUUGAUAUUUCAGAUUACCACCAGCUUGAAUAAGAAAUCUUAAUUUCAUGCACUUUUC